UUUUAUUAAAUACCGUUGCUGUUCGCGCGUUAUCAUUUAUAGCUAUAAAUAAAGUGGUAUCGUGAAAAACGAUUUUCCGGUCAAUAGAAUCAUUUACAUAUAAAUCUGGGUAAUAAUUGAUGUAAAUUAUCGUUAAUACACGCUUAAAACAAUAGACGGGUUAAUGUUAAAGAUAAAGUGAAUGUAAGGCAGAUUUACAGCUUUAGUAACAUUUUGUAUUAGAAGCAUGGCGAAAUUGUUAAAAUCGACGCAGCUGACAUCCAGAGAUUCGUAGCGGAAUCAGCGGAAUUUGUGACCGUGUUUAUCUUUGGCAAGUAUUUUUUUUCUACUCGGCAGACAACGAAUUUUGCAAGUGUCGUGGAAUAAAGCGUGUUUGAAUUCGUAUCGUUAGUGCCAUAUGUGCUGGGACAACAGUGAUCAAUAUGUGGGUGAAGCCACAAGAGGUUCUACUAGCAAACGCUUUCUGGGUAACAGAACAAGCAACUGUAUAUUUUGUUUUACAACGCCGUAAAGGACAUGGAAAGACGAAAGGUCUCACUUCAAUAUUGGUGGGAACACUGGACAGUGUUUUCGACACUAAACCUGCACCGUUUAGAAUAUUACAUCAAACACCAUCAUCAGAAGUUUAUUGGGAAAUUGCAUGUUCCUUGACACAUGAAGAGAUUCUACAAAAUUGGGAAUGGCUUCAUUCAAAUUUAAUGGACACUUUAACAUCAUUUGAUACAGAAGAAGAAAUAACUGAAUUUGUUUGCUGUAAAAUACAGUCGAUUAUCGCGAAUAGUGUGUCAGACUGUCAAUUUGCAGAUGAAGAAGAUCCGGAAUCAUUUAAAACUGUAUCCUUUAAAUUUCACCAACUUUUCAACAUCGCUAAGGAAGACAAAUUGGUCAAUUACUAUUCCUGCAGCUAUUGGAAAUCUCGCUUACCUAGACAAGGAUGGUUAUAUUUAUCAAUAAAUCACAUGUGUUUUUAUGCCUAUAUUCUGGCAAGGGAAACAAAAUUAACUAUAAGAUGGGCCGAUAUUACUGAAUUAAGUAGAACUAAUUCCCUCCUAUUUCCAGAUAGUAUACGGGUUGUAACAAGAGACAAUAAAGAGCAUUAUUUUUCAAUGUUUCUUCACAAAUAUGAGACAUACUCGUUAAUGGAGCAAUUAACAAAUAUCGCUAUGAAAAGACUCAUAGACGAAAAAAGUGGUUUCAACGAGGAUAGAGAACUAUUGAGUAAGCUAAGCAAAAAUGUACCUAAGAAGCCAUCAUUUUUAAAACGAGAUCUCGACGCGAGGGCACAUUCUGAGGCAUACAGGUUGCAGUUCAGAUUACCAGGAAACGAAAAAUUGGAUGGGAGUAUUGAUGCAACGUUGUGGACUCCAUACAAUAAAAGAUAUGUUUGGGGAAAGAUAUUCCUCUCCCAGAAUUACCUUUGUUUCGAAAGCAGGGUAAAAGGAUUAGUAAGUUUAGUUAUACCUUUGAGGGAAGUAAGGAUUACUGAACCUGCUGAAAAUCAAGUAGAUAAAUCCAUUUUAGUGACGACUGCUCGAUCUUCGUUCUUGUUCGCUCAGAUUCAUGAUCGAGACUUUGUCGUGCAAAAAAUAUCGGAAUUAUUAGCAAAGUCUAAAUUAUCAAAUUUGUGCAUAGAUCAUCUAUUUGCAUAUAAUAAUACACAAAGUGAAAGCAAUUGCGAAGAGAGUAAAUCUGGUAAUCAAUGGAAACCCCAACCACCAUUAAUGACUCUGUUUAAAGCGCCGUUAACUAGUGAAGCAGCGUUGAAGCAAGAAGCUAAAGAAAAACAAUGGGAACUUCAUUUUGCAGAAUAUGGUAGAGGUAUCACAAUGUACAGGACAACGGAAACAGUUAAACUUAUAAUUCAGGGUUUGCCUCAGACUCUCAGAGGAGAAGUCUGGCUUACUUUCUCUGGUGCUUUAAAUGAAAUGGUAAUGAAUCCGGGCCUGUAUAAAUCACUGGUUGACCAAUCGUUAGGUAAAUCCUGUCAGGCGAACGAAGAGAUAGAACGAGAUUUGCAUCGAUCAUUGCCUGAACAUCCAGCAUUUCAGUCUGAAACUGGUAUCAGUGCAUUGAGAAGAGUUCUCUCUGCGUAUGCUUGGAAAAAUCCGCAAAUCGGUUAUUGCCAGGCAAUGAAUAUAGUUGCUUCGGUCCUUCUGAUUUAUUGCUCAGAGGAAUCUGCUUUCUGGCAACUGUGCAAUGUGUGCGAAUCAUUGUUACCCGAUUAUUACGACAGAAGGGUAGUUGGUGCUCUCGUUGAUCAAGGUCUCUUGGAAGAGCUGGCUGCCGCACAUUUACCUGCUUUACACGCUAGAUUACAAGAACUUGGUCUAAUUAAAGUUAUAUCCCUCUCGUGGUUUUUAACAAUAUUUUUAAGCGUCAUGCCGACUAGCAGCGCAGUAAAUAUAAUGGAUUGUUUUUUCUAUGACGGAGCGAAAGUAAUCUUCCAGAUAGCAUUGACAGUACUGGAAUGGAAUCAAGAUAAAUUAUUAAAUUGCCGGGACGAUGGUGAAGCAAUGCAGCUGUUGACCGAUUAUCUUGGUGGGGUGUACAAUGAUGAAGGACCUAUACUGCCUAGACCAGUUGAUAGUGCCACGCCUAACAGAAGUAUAUCUGUCCAGACGUUGAUAUACGAAGCGUACUCGAGAUACGGUUUGUUGACUAUUGGCGGUAUAGAAAGACUUCGUUUGAAACACAGACUCAGAGUAGUUCAAAGCUUGGAGGAUGGAAUUGAGAAGAACGUAAUUAGAAGCGUCAUUGUUGAUAAAUAUAUGACAAUGGAAGAAUUGCAGGACCUGUUGAGUUUAGUGAGGGAGGAGUUGAUGAGUCAACGAAAAUCCGAACCUGAUCGUUACGAUCCCACGCAGCCACCUUACGAGGCAUAUAAAGUCGAUUUUGAAUUGUUUAGAAUAUUGUUCGGUGGCUUAUCUCCGUGGGGAAAAUGUAGCCAAGCUGAAUCGCUUGCUGCCCGGCUGUUCCGUUUGAUGGAUCGUAAUCGUGAUGGUCUACUCAACUUUCGAGAAUUAGUACAAGCGAUCGGAAUGACUGCGACCGGUGACCUAACGCAAAGGUUGAAACUUUUAUACACUCUCCACUUACCACCCCUGCUUACGCCCGUCGAUUUCGAAUCGCCCACGCAUUCUGAUGGUGCUGAAGUAGCAGCAGAGGCUACAGAUUUUUUUGACAGUAUGGAACAGAGCGUUGCCUCGUUAGAAUUGCCUGUUAGUCUAGCAGAAGAACCGAGCGUCGGAACUUUGUCGCGUUCGACGAGCUUGACCAGCCAACAGGGCGAACAAUCGUGGGAGGUGCAAAGCAUGGGUAGUCUACGUUCCAUGAUAGCGUCCAAGGACAGUCCGCUGGAUCUUAAAACAGUGCCAAAAAUGUCCCAGAGGCAUUUCAUAGCAUUGUGGAAAACACUUUACGAUAUGUUCCCCGCACAACCGGAAGAACAAGAGACUUAUCAUUGCAUAGCAUCGAUAGGUACCCUUUUACUUCAGUUAGGAGACGUAGGUAAAAAGUUUUACGUUGAUCGAGAAGAAUCAGAAGACAGUCUACUUCUAGCGGCCACUGCUUCUCAGCAACAAACAUCUGCGAAUAUGGAACGAUCACAUGACCGUAAUGGAAAUCCGUCGAACAGUGGUGCAUCCAAUGGUCCAGAUUGGUCAAUAAGCGUCGAACAGUUCCUGGCGUCUGCCUUAACUGGUCAAGCUAUAGUAGACUUUUUUAGUAAACGAGCCGAUCUUUCUGAAGCGAUUGCAACUUUGAAAAAUCGUAGAUUCAAUCGCGUUCAUUCCCUGUCAGAUACGCCCGUGCUAAAUGUUUGAUACACAGAAUUAACUGUGUAGAGGAAUGCUGUAAGAUAUACAUAUGAAAUUUAUAAAGUGA